UUGGAAACUGCUGCUUAUUUGUUUUCUUCUCUUAAUUCAAAGUGAGGGCUCCCAAAAGCGGUAUUCAAGAUCUGUGGUAAAUAUGGAUGACUUACUGAAAAUGGAAGGCGAUCUGGUUCGCAAUUUGGAAACCUAUACGGAUGUGCUUAUUCAGAAAGCUAAAACUAUUAGAUGGGGGAUCCAUCAGAUGAAGGAAAUGCUAGGAAGAACAAAGACUUUUUGGAACAGCGCUUAUAUCACUUAUUCCCUCAUUCGUCACCUGCAAUCUGAUUGGUUGAUGUGGCAGAAAUAUCUGGAAAAGCCUGUUGGUUUGGAACAAUUGGCUUAUAUAAACACAACUAAGGAAAUAUUGCCACAGAAACAUGACUUUGGGGAUGCUGCUGAUGCAAUUAGAAGAAUGCAAAGGACCUACGGGAUGUUAUCAAAAGAUAUAGCCAAUGGUUUGCUGAAUGGAGUGCAAUACAAUUCUUCUUUGGCAUCCAUUGAUUGCCUAGCAAUGGCUCAACAUUUGCUGGGCCAAUUUCGUUGGUCUGCUGCAGAGCAAUGGAUUUUGGCAGGUAUUAGAGCUCAGGAUCGGAUAGGCUUCAAAACAGAUAUGCAGAUGCUGACAGGACCAACAAAGGCUGAACUCUACAGAACCCUGGGAGAAGUUCAAUUGGAGCAGGGAAAUGAAGUAGAAGCUUUGGAAGCAUAUCAGGCUGCCCUGAAAUAUUCGCCCCAUGAUGAAAAAAUGUUCCAGGAAUAUCAGAGGUUGGCAAAAAAAUCUCUAACCGAACCGAUUCGAGAGGAGCCAGAAGAUGUUUCAGAAGAUAUCGAAGAAAUGAGACUGCCACCGUGUUGCAGUGGUCGCUGUGAAGUGCCCAGAAAACUGAAAAGACUUUAUUGUGUGUAUAACCAUGUAACUGCCCCAUUCCUGCGAAUAUCACCCAUUAAAACGGAGAUUCUAUCUAUUAAUCCCUUUGUGGUGAUCCUCCAUGAGAUGGUAUCCCUAAAAGAAAGUGCUCUAAUACGAUCUUCAAGUGAAAAACUUAUCGUGCCCUCCCAAACAGUUAAUGCCGUGAGAAAAGAAUUUAUUGUUGACAAUUUCCGAACUUCCAAGUCAGCUUGGUUUGAUAGUAAUGCCAAUGAGGCGACUUUAAAGCUAACUGAGCGCUUGAGCGAUGCCACGGGUUUGGAUAUGAAACAUUCGGAAGCCUUUCAGGUCAAUAACUAUGGUAUAGGGGGCUCCUUUGAGACCCAUUACGAUGCAUUGCUUUUGGAUGAGGAAAGAUUUCUGAACGGAUAUAUCGAUCGAAUGGCUACGAGUCUUUUCUAUCUGAAAGACGUUCCACAGGGCGGUGGCACCUAUUUCCCAGGACUGAACAUCACUGUCUUUCCGAAGUUUGGAACGGUCCUUUUCUGGUAUAAUUUAGACACGAAGGGCAAGCAGCACAUCCGAAUUAUUCACACCGGCUGUCCUGUUAUUGUGGGCUCGAAAUGGGUCGUCAGCAAGUGGAUAGACGACAAGGGACAAGAGUUCAGGAGGCCCUGCAUUAAUAAGCGAUCACACACUAAAUAUUUAUCAUCCAUAGAAAAACUUAUUAUUUAGCUUUUCACGCAAGCUACCGAAGUAUGAUUAGUUGUUAAGGCCUAGUACUCACUUCAAUCGAAAAGCCUACGAAAUAAAAAUCUCCAUUCAAAGUUUUAAUCACGAAAUUAUCCGCCUGUCAUUUUUGUAUAGAAAUUUUCGAUUCGAUGCCUUUUUUAUUGAAGUGAGUACUGGGCUUACAAAUUUAAAUAUUUUUUUAAUCUACAAAAAAUACUAGGUCAAGGUGAAACAAAUAACCGAAUAAAUUUAAUUAUGGGCAAAAUUAUUGUAAA